AUGAAAAUCCUGGCAAUUGGCGACAUAUUUGGCAAAACUGGACGACAAGUCAUUAGAGAUUAUCUUCCUAAACUAAAAAAAGAGUACGAGAUAGAUUUGACUAUUGCUAAUGUCGAAAAUACUACUCACGGUAAAGGAAUUUCUCGUAAGCAUUAUUACGAAUUAAAAGAUUAUGGAAUCGAUAUUAUGACUUCCGGAAAUCAUAUUUUUGCUCUUGAAGAAACCAAAAAAUACAUAAAUGAGACUUCCGACUUGCUUCGUCCGCUUAAUUCUAAUCCUUAUCAUCCCGGCUCUGGAACUACACUAGUAAACAUUAAGGGGAAGAAAAUUCGCAUUACUAAUUUGCUAGGAACUAAUUUCAUGCCAAUCUCUGUAGAAAAUCCUUAUUUUGUUUUAGAAAAAUUACUUAAAAAUAAGGACUGUGAUUUCCAUUUAGUCGAUUUUCAUGCAGAAACUACUGCUGAAAAAAUUGCUCUAGCCUGA